AUGGUCGCCCGCAUCGUCACGCUCUUCAUCCUACUAUGCUUGCUCCCGGUCAUCACGUCGUCGUCGUCGUCCCCUGUCUCGGUCUGCAUCGUCGGAAGCGGAAUCGGGGGCUCCUCGGUGGCCCACUUCCUCCGGGAGUACUCCUCCCCGUCCGCCUCCGCCUCCAUCUCCGUCCGCGUCUUCGAGCGGCGCGGCGUCGUUGGGGGUCGCAUGGCGAGGGUCGCCGUCGGCGGCGAGAGCUUCGAGGCCGGCGGGGCGAUUCUCCACCCCAAGAACUACCACGCCCUGAAUUACACCAGGUUGAUCGGCUUGAAGAUCAGAUGGCCGAAUGCCACGUCGGCUGGCGACGGUCGCGACGACGAUGGCGAUUUUGGGAUCUGA